AUGAUUGCACUGCUACCUUGCACAACCACUGCUGCCAUUCUAUUCAGGAGGUACCUCCUGUUGGCACUGACUUCGUGUUUAUUCUGGAACAUGUUUGGCUUGAGUGCAGCUACGGACUCUAAACCAAAUAUACUUCUGUUUCUGGCUGACGAUCUUGGCAUUGGAGAUAUAGGUUGUUAUGGGAACAAUACCAUAAGGACCCCGAACAUUGACCGCCUGGCAAGAGAAGGAGUGAAACUUACUCAGCACAUCGCUGCAGCUCCGCUUUGCACUCCGAGCAGAGCAGCUUUCCUCACUGGCAGAUACCCCAUUAGAUCAGGGAUGGCAUCCAGCAAUAGGUACCGGGCACUGCAGUGGAACGCCGGGUCAGGAGGGCUCCCUGCUAAUGAAACAACGUUUGCCAGGCUGCUGCAGCAACAAGGCUAUACCACUGGACUGAUAGGAAAGUGGCAUCAAGGUGUAAACUGUGAAUCCUUCAAUGAUCACUGUCACCAUCCUCUCAGUCAUGGGUUUGACUACUUUUAUGGUAUGCCUUUUACACUUCUAAACAACUGUCAAGAAAACAAACCUCCAGAGCUGGAUGUAGCCCUUCAAGCUAAACUAUGGCUUUACAGUCAGAUAAUUACCCUUGCUGUGCUCACUCUCGCUGCUGGAAAACUGACUGGCUUGAUUUCCAUCCGCUGGAAGAUAAUUGCCUGUUUUACUUUGGUGGGCAGCCUUUUCUUCAUUUCGUGGUACUCCAGUUACGGCUUUGUGCAGUAUUGGAACUGCAUCCUGAUGAGGAACCACGAUGUCACUGAGCAGCCGAUGAGGUUAGAGAGGACUGCUGCUCUCAUGCUGAAGGAGGCAGUGUCAUUUAUCAAAAGAAACAGGCACAGACCAUUCCUCCUCGUAGUUUCCUUUUUACAUGUUCACACCCCCCUCUUUACCACGGCAAAAUUUAUUGGAAAGAGCCGUCAUGGUUUAUAUGGAGACAAUGUAGAAGAAAUGGACUGGAUGGUGGGCAAAAUUAUGGAUUCGCUUGACAAAGAAGGUUUGAAAAAUCAUACAUUCACAUACUUUGCCUCUGAUCAUGGAGGACACUUGGAGGCUCAGGAUGGAUCUGACCAGCUAGGUGGCUGGAAUGGUAUUUAUAAAGGUAGGAAAAACGCUAUGACUUCACAUGAAGAUAAUCCAUACAGAACAGAGUAA